UCGGCAGUGCAUCGUGCCCGUAUCGCUCUCGACCCACCCCAGUCUUGCAGUUACACAGGCGAUACGGGGCACACGGUCUGUGCGGGGUGACGGCGGCACCAUGGCAGGACACGAAAAUGAUGCACCGCCAGACGGCGCGGUGUUCUGUUAUACUGAGGGGGAGGAGCUCGAAAUAACCCCAGCUAUGAAGGAAAGCUAUCUCAAGAAUGGCUUCGUUCUGAUCAGGGACCUCUUCUCAGCCAAGGAGCUGGGGAAAAUAAACUACGCGAUCUCCGCCUGUCCGGAUGUGGAGAGGAACUCGAUCGGCCGCGAGGACGACGGGGGCAGAAAGAGCACCUUUGUGCUGUGGAACCACCCAGGAGAUGACAUCCUGGGCACCGUGGCACGCACCAGGAAGGUGGCCCGCACGGCGCAGGAGCUGAUGGGAGGUGAUGAAGUGUACCACUAUCAUACCAAGCUUAUGAUGAAGAAAGGGCGAGUUGGGGGUGCCCACAUCUGGCACCAGGACUACGGAUACUGGUACCGAAAUGGCUGCAUGUUUCCCGACAUGAGCUCCGUGUUCAUCGCUAUAGACGAUUGCAGCAAGGAAAACGGCUGUCUGCAGGUGUUGCAGGGCUCACACCUGGCUGGCAGAAUCGAGCACGGUACGGUCGGCGAGCAGGCUGGAGCAGACCUGGAGCGGGUGGACCACCUGGCCACCGUCUGCCCGCUGCGCUUCGUCCAGAUGGCCGCCGGUGAUGCUCUCUUCUUCCACUGCAACCUGCUGCACCGCUCCUUUAAGAACGACUCGGACUGGCGCCGCUUCGUGCUCAUUCCAGCGUUCAACAAGCGCUCCAACAACCCGCUCUGGAAGCACCACCACCCCCAGUACACGCCACUGGACGUGGCUCCCAACGACGCGAUUCUGAAGUGUGACCGGCUGACCAGUUCCUACGACAAAUGGUUUAUGCAGCCGGACGAAGACUCUUCGUUUGUGACGAAGGGUGCGGAGCUGAAACAGGACGCCGCAACGGCGUGAUCUCGUGCUGGCUCGAGUCAGUCCAACUAUAGCUGGUUGGGACUGACGCAGUCUGCGGCGAGCGACGCGGCAUUCUGUUGAUCCCUGGCGAUUUCGGAACGUUCCCCGUUUGCUUGCGGCAGAUGCGCAUUCCUGUCGACCGGAUGGGUUCCGUUAAGAGUAGUGUGUGCUACCAUGAAGAUCAGGUCCGUAUUUGAUCCGGCCAUCAUGUGAAUGUGGACAGCAGUCUUCAAAUGUAGAGAUCGGCUACUCCCUGAACAUUGCCACAUCCCAAUGCUGAUGGUUAGUACCAAUAUAUCACAUCACCGGAACGCGAUAUUUUGCUGGUCCUGUGCGGAUUGAAAUACUUCAGUUUCCGUUGAAUGCAAAUUGUUCGAAAGAAA